UAUUUGAAAGUAAAUUCAGCAGAUAGAGAAGAAUGAGGGAUUGGAUGAGAAAUAAGAUGGUCCAGAAAGGCCAAAAAAAAUAGUUAGGGCAACAUGUUGAGCCUCGUAUAAUAGACAUUAGGCAAUCCAUUAUGCAUAUUCUUAUCACUGGUUAGAUGAAUAAUAAUUUGAUAACUUCAUACUCGUCUUGUCUUGUAUUCUUAUUUAAAACUAUUGUUAUUUUCAAAAAUUGUUUAUUAUACUUUAACAGUUUAUAUUCUAUAUUUUUUUUCAUUAAAUAUGUCAAGUUCUGACGAUGAUCUAGAUGUACUACAACUCUCAGCCGAAGCGCAGAGAGCUUUAAAAGAAUUUUAUGAAGAACAAAACGAAAAAAUAUUGUCACAUUGUGAUGAUAAAAAAGAUGCAACCGAUGUGAAAUUUGACGAAGAUUGGCAAUUAAGCCAAUUUUGGUAUGAUGAUGAAACAUGUGAGCGAAUUGUUGAUUGUGUUCAUAAAACGGUUGGAUCAAAUGGUAGUGUAGCAUUGAUAUCAUGUCCUACGUUGUAUAAGACCUUUAAGAAAAAGACACCCACAAUGUUAAUUAAACUAUUUGAAUUUGACAAAAGGUUUAGUGUUUAUGGUUCAGAUUAUGUUUUUUAUGAUUACAAUGAACCAAUGAAAUUUGAUGAAGAGUUAUUGAACAGUUUUGAUUUAGUUGUUGUUGACCCUCCAUUUUUGUCUGAAGAAUGUUUAACAAAAUCACUGCAAACUACAAAAUCUCUUACAAAACAACAUGUUAUAUUGUGUACAGGGGAAAUCAUGGAUGAUUUAGCAACAAAGUUACUAAAUGUCCAUAAGUGUUCAUUUGAACCAAAGCAUAAAAACAAUCUAGCUAACCAAUUUGCUUGUUUUACAAAUUUUCCAUCUGAACUUGAUUAGUAAGUAGUUACUUGUUUCUUCAAAUUCCUCUGUAAAAUCAACAAAUCUGAUAUAUUCAAAUGAUUCUAUAUAAUUACAGCUUAUAUAAUCGUA